AUGAGAUGGUGGAGCGUGUUGCUCCUGAAAGGAGCAUUGGGAUUUAGCUUCCGGAGAGAUGGGCUGCAAACGCUGAGCUACCCCGAAAGCGGGAGCUAUUUGAGUCCACCACAUGAGAAGGAAGAGCUCAUCGGGUGGGGAAUUUUCCUGCGCGACAAAGAGGAAUGCUUGGCCCUUCACAACCAUGGCUUGGUGGAUUAUUGCAGCUUGAUUCACACUUUGCAGUACUUUAGCGUCCCGCUCAUAAUUCUGUGGGUACUGCUGCUCCUGUGGCUUCUCAAUGAUACAGCAGAGACUUACUUUGUGCCACCCUUGCAGUACUGGUCCUCGCGCUUACGGCUAAGCCCAUGCAUGGCUGGUGCAACACUGGUGGCGGCUGGCAAUGGAGCCCCCGACCUGGUCAUGACGGCUCUGGCGCCAACCACCCUGGAGUCGCUGCACAUUGUCAUUUGUGACACUUUAUGUAUCCUUUGUGUAGCUGGUGGCGCUUUCCUUUUCAUUCGCUCACGACAAGCAGGAGUUUUGCAUGCUGAUGGAAAGGCACUGCAAAAGAGGGAAUCGGUCGAACAUGCCCUUGAACCGCUCGACGCUCGAACAUAUGCAGGUAGCGCUGCCUGGCUUUGUUGUGCUUUAGCAUACUUGCUGUUCCUGCUGGGAUCUGGACAUGUAAGCCUUCCCAGCUGUGCUGUGAUGCCGGCCUUGUACAUAGGUUUCUUGACCACAUUAGCUUUGCUGGACGAUGGCGCUCCUUACGAAGUGCCAGUUCCAGCAGGCCCGCCGCCACCGUUGCCAGGGCUCACGCUGCAGAAGGAUGCUGGCUAUCUUGAGACUCUUCGUUUCGGAUUAACCAUGCCGACCUACGUGUUGAGGUGGAUGUUAAUCCCACCAUCAGACUUCUACUGGGACAGGUCGCGGCGCAUUUUCUCGAGUGCCUCCCCGAUUGCCCUGCUGGUCUUCAUUGGAUGCACAACUGGACUGUCUUUUCAGUGGUAUUUGAGAAGUUCCUGGUCGAUGUGCGCCUUGUUCUCUGCCAUUUGCCUCAGCACCUUUCUGCUGGUGCUGGGUGGUGAUGGCCCUGAGAUACCGAAGCUUUACCCACUGACCACCCUGCUGGCAAAGGUCUCUUCUGUCUUGGUACUCCUUGCCAUAGCGCGAGAGUUAACGGCGUGCUGCAAAACUGUGGCGUUCUUCCUGGGACUGUCUCGCUUUGUUCUGGAGAGCACUGUGGUGCCAUGGGGCAACUCGUUGGGAGAUCUGGUCACAGCCAUCGCCAUGGUGCGGCAGGGCCAAGCUGCCGCAGCUGCCACAGCAUUGUUUGCAUCGCCGCUAUUCAAUGUGCUGCUAAGUGCAGGCCUCACACUGAUCAUCUCCACAAGCCACGGGCAAGUUAUCAGCCUCGACAGCCCGGUGCAGCAGAUGCAGGUAGCAGGCGGUGCAUUUCUCGCUUGCAUCAUGCUAUGUGCAGCCCUAAUCUUCGAGAAGCAGGUGGGGCCCUUUGGUGCUGCUGGCCUUGCAGGGCUUUACAUCAUCUUCCUGGUGGGAGUGGUGGGUUUCGGAACGGCAGCAAUUGUGGGUGGGAGACCGGGAAGCUCUGGCAGAUCCAUGGAAUCCAACGAGCUUCUGGGCUGUGAAGUGCGUUUGGAGUCCCAGAGUGCAGAGCUAGUGCUCGAGGGUACUCGAGACGUGAAAAUCUGCAAAGCAUUUCGCUUAUGUAGCGUUGCGCUUUUUGGAUUCAAGGCUCCAGGUUUCACGUGCGUCUCCAAGUUGACCUCCUUCCCGGAAGGCCAUGAUGGUGUCUACCACCAAGAGCAUGGGGUGAAGUCGAUGGAGCCCUCAGAUCCGGACCGCUUUCGAGAUUGGCUUCAAACCUAUGAGGUGGGAUGCCCUGCUCGUGGAAAGAUGACCAGUGCAGGCAAAUGCAAGGACAACGGUGAUCCGGUGGAGGAGCAAGGACUUUGCUACUCCGCACAAGGCUUUGAAGCUGGACCCGGGCUGCCAUGCCAAGAGCCAGAUGAUUGCCUUUGCGUGAAGGCGGAUACGCCCAACGGAAAACUCUCCUUGUCACAUCGACACAUGGAGAACGAAGAGGGCAAGGAGCUGUUGGAAGGGACCUACCAAGUCCAAGAAGUCUCCAAGUGUGGCACCUGCGAAGAUCUGAGCUUUGAUCGAAGCCAUUGCGAGGAGUGUGAGAAUUGUGUGUUCAAGACCAAGACCAUGGAAGGAGAACUGGUUGAGGGCUGCUGGCCCAAAGAUGGCGGCAGCAAACGACGGAAGCGACUCCGAGGUGAGGGCGAACGGAUCUUCCUCCAUGGCAUGCCUGUGCAGCUAAAGGACUUAACGGUGGUGCCGCAUUACAAGAUGUGGGACCCUGGUGAGGCCUUUGACCCCGCCGGCGACGAGGACAGCAAGGAAGCAGAAGACCAAGUGGCCUUGGCACCGCAACAGGGGUCACGGAUGCCUUAUCAGUCAAAGCGCGAACCACUGUCGCGCCAGACGUGGUUGGCGAUGUACAAAGAAGUCGCUCCCCGAGUUCAGCAAGAACUGGACGACAUUGUCCAGCAAACCAUAGAUGCGGGAAAGAAGGCCAGGUUGAUGGCCUGUGAGCACAAGUUAGGCAAGCAUGUUGGUGAGGACAUCCCCGGAAAGAUCGAGAAGGCUACAUCGAUGCAGAAUGCUUGUUUGCAGAUGCAGGAGAUUGCCAAUCGCAUUGCUGUGAAGGACGCCAACAUGGGCUUCCCAAAAACUGCAGGCAGUCGCUGCACAAUGAACGAUCGCGUUUCUGAACCUGGCGAGUGCGACUAUCUCAACUGCUACACGACGGACGACAAGUUCAAGAAGGCGAUUGCUGCGUUGAAGAAGAGGAAUGACAAGUGCUACGAUGCUUGGAGGCCACCGUGGAUCGCGCGGCCAACUCCUGUUCCAAGGAGCCAAAGGAGCCACCGGUGCAGCAGCUGCCUCCUGGGGUGGCGCCACCGGCAACGACCAAACCGGCGGUUUCGCAG